AUGAGUAAUAUCGUCUCCCAACUCCCAAAAAUAGUCAAAGAAUCACCAAUAUUUGUGGCCUCCAAAACUUUUUGCCCAUUUUGUCAAGCAACUUUGAAAACCCUUGAUAGUUUGAAAGUCAAGCCGUAUGUACUACAAUUGAAUCAAAUGAAGGAGGGCCAGGAAAUUCAAGAUGCAUUGGCCAAAAUGACCGGGCAAGGUACUGUGCCAAAUAUCUUCAUUGGUGGAAAGCAUAUCGGUGGUAACUCAGACUUACAAAAAUUGAAAAAAAAUGGCAAGCUUACUGAACUUUUAAGUAAAUUUUGA